AUGAUAAAGAUUUAUAAGGAAUACUUAAAGGGCAGUCACCAUUUUAGUCGUGUAUUUUCAUAUAUAAUUUUAAACCUAUAUAAUAAAGAAAACUUUUUUAAAAAAAGGUCAACCAAGAAGGACAUUUUUUUCAAUAAUUAUAAAAAAUAUUUUUACAUAAAAAAGAGAAUUUUAAGUGAAAACAGGAAGAAGAAAAAAAAUGUAGUCGUGCAUUUUGCUACCAGUGAAAUUAGUUAUUUUUAUUAUCACUACUUUGUCUAUAUAUUAUUACCGAAACUGAAAUGUUUGUCUGAUUGUGAAAAAAAGCAGAUUGUUGAUAAUGUCUAUUUAAUUGAUCGUAGGAAUACAGAUGAAAGUGUGAAUGGACAUAUAUAUAACAGAAUUAGACAUGGAAAUUGCAACAUUGUUUUUUGUGAUCAUGCACUAGCCAAAGAAGAAUAUGAUUAUACACAAACAUUGGGAAUAUUUCUAGAAAAUGUGUUUUUUAUGGAUUUAUUCGAAAAUGUAUGGAUGAAAAGAAUAAGGCGACAAAACAUACAUGUUUUUAAGCAUAUAAAAAAAACACACCACUCCAAUAAUGCACAUAUGAACAAGUUUUAUAUGAAAAGAAAUAAAAAUGAUUUUAUUUGUAACAGCUGCUUAUAUGUGACAUACUUCACGAGGUAUAAUUAUCUCAAUAACUAUAAUUUAAUCACUAUAUUGAAAAGAAAUAUUAACUUGAAUGCAUUCAUAAAAUGGGACGAGAUAAUUCAUGAUAUUAAUAAAAACGUAAAAUGGAUAAAUCAUUACUCUUUUUAUAAGUUUUAUGAAACUGCAUAUAUCAGCUUUGUCAAUCAUCGCAUGAAUAUUUUUCAGGAUUUUAUCAAAAUGGUCAUGCAGAAGAAAGGAGAAAAGUGUGGUGAAGAAGUACAAGAUAAAGUUGGGGGAAAAAAAAGAACAAAUCUUCCACAUAUAUUCUUUAAAUAUAAAGAUAUAAUUCUAAACAUGAAUAUAUUUCCUACCUUUGUUAAUAAGAAAGUCAUUUAUAUCGAUUUUAAUCAUGCAGCAAACUUGUAUAUACAAUAUUUACAACUGUUACAAAGGGUAACUUCUUUUUCUAAUAUCAUAAGGGAAGAUUUUAUGCCUUUUCACGAGGACAGCAAAAUUGUUAAAAAAUCAAACUAUGACAAAAAAAACUUACUUAGGGAAAUAAAAAAAAAUUUGAAUAUACAUGUGUGGAACAAGCUUCAAAAGGAGAACUUUUAUUCAAAUUUAUCCAAAAUUAAAUUCCGUAAAUUUUACAAUUAA